UCACUGGAUCAUGCUUUUUUAUAUUCAGCAGUGCCCUGAAAGCGUCUGCUGGAUAUCUGGCCAAGUCCAGCAUCGUAGAAGAUGGGCUGAUGGUGCAGAUCACUGUGGAAACCAUGGCAGAGCUCAGGCGGUCGCUACGGGAGAUGAAAGACUACACAGUCACCUGUGGACGGCUGGACCAAUCAGACAGCCAGGAGCUUGUGUGUAUCCAGUGGGUGGAGGAGAAGUGCACUGUGAAUAAGGGAGUUAUUAGCCCCAUCGAUGGAAAAUCCAUGGAGUCCAUCAGCAGCACUAAGAUGUUCCAGAAGUCAGAAUACAAAGAAAACGGGAAGAUCAUCCGCUGGACAGAAGUGUUCUUCCUGCAGAGGGGGGAUCAUCCCAAAGGAGGAGCCAGUGACUCUGCUGAACAUGACCGGUUGACAGAGCGGAUUGCCCGGGCGUUUUGCUUGGCACUGUGUCCACACCUCAAACUCCUGAAAGAGGAUGGAAUGGCCAAACUGGGGCUGCGAGUCGCUUUUGACUCUCAAGAGGUGGGAUUUGUGGCUGGGAGCAAUGGACAGCCCCUCCCAGCUCAGUACCUGAAUGCCCUUGACAGUGUGCUGAUCCCUGUCAUCCACAGCAGGGGGCGUAAGAGAGGCGAUGAACCCAUCGUGAUGGAGCUUAUCUUCUACAUCCUGGAGAACAUCACUUAGUGCACUCAACUAUUUCAUCUUUCACCCUGACCACAACUCUGUCUCUGGCACUUCUCAUCAGUGCUGCCAUCGGUUUCAGGGCAACAAAAGCAUCAAAGGGCGAACCGGACCACAUCAGAGGUCUGCAUCCAUCUCAUCCACUCACGAGUAGAGAGAAAUGGUCUGACUCUUAGUGGUUUGCUGAUCUCACCCUGCCCUGCAGCAGACAGUCUGGGUACGCAUGAAACCCAGGAUGGAGCAUCAGAUCACUGUACACUGUACAGCAGUAGCAACUUCAUAGCUUGAAAUCAUUCACGUCACAAUGUUCAAUACAAGUUUCCCAUAUGGAGAAAACCUUUAAAAGUGGGAGCCGGAUUCAGCUCCACAACCUUAAAGCAAAGAGAAUAAGAGAAUGACUCGAAGAAGAGAAUCUAAGUAGAUCUGUAGAGAUUUGAUGCACACUGAAUGAAUGCCAAAAGAAUGUUUUCAUACUGGAUGUAUUUUAAUUGAUUGCUCAUGAAAUGUAAUGUUGGCCUGGAAUUAAACUUGCAACAAUGA